GCGCAGGGCACGAGAACCGCGGCUGGCUGGAAGAAGUUCGGCAGGUUUGAAGGAUGCGAGGAAGAUGGCGAUGAAUGUACGGAAUAGAGAUGCAGUUUAUUCAAGUGCCGAUUACUGCAACACCUACAACCUUCACCCUGUAACGUAUGGGAACAGCAGCCAUUAUUUCCCUCGGUUACCAGGUCCAGAGACUGUUCUGAAACCACCUCUGAAUCUAAUGUGUCAACAACACUCUCAGACCUUCCAGCCUGUAUCCCCCACCCAGACCCUAGGGCCACCCCCAGUGAUGAUGUCCCCAGACCCCCUCGCUUUCCCACUCUGCAGCCCCCUGCCUGCCAAGCCACCCCCUCACCUGCAGCUGGUUCCCAGCCCUCCAAUUACAAUACCCCAAGUCUCCAGCCCCCAGCUUCCUGAGGAGGAGUGCCAGAAAGUGGGGACUGAGCAGGACGCUACCCUGGAAGAGUUGUGUAAGCCCUUGUACUGCAAACUGUGCAACGUCACGCUCAACUCAGCCCAGCAAGCACAGGCCCACUAUCAGGGCAAAAACCACAGCAAAAAACUGAGAAAUUUUUAUGCUGGUAGUCAGCAGCCACCCCCUAUCAGAAUACCAGAGGAAGUAGAGCCAAUUUCACAGCAGUCCCUCUCCACUCCGCCCACAGAGGCUGCCACUGCAGUGGUCAAGCAGCCGCCCUUCAAGGGCCCCAGCAGGGUCAUCCUGGCCACGGAGAACGACUACUGCAAGCUUUGUGAUGCGUCCUUCAGCUCCCCCGCCGUGGCGCACGCCCACUACCAGGGCAAAAAUCAUGCCAAGAGGCUCCGGCUUGCAGAGGCCCAGCAAGGCACAAGCUCUUCAGAUACAGUGGAUCUCGCUCAGAGGCGUUCCAGGAAAGAAGGGAAUGAGUACAGACUGAACAAGAAUCGCCGGACACAUGUGAACACUGCCAUGCCAGGGCCUUACUACAACCCCCGGCCGAGGCAGCGCAUUCCGCGGGAUCUGGCCAUGUGUGUGACACCCAGCGGUCAGUUCUACUGUUCCAUGUGCAACUCAGGGGCCAGUGAGGAGGCUGACUUCCGCCUGCACCUGGAGAGCAAGCAGCACAAGAGCAAAGUGUCUGAACAGCGCUACCGCAGUGAAAUGGAGAAUCUGGGCUACACCUAGGAGAAAGAAGGCAGUACUGAACACUGAACAGGGAAUCAUCCAUGUAAUUCUCCAAGUGCCCAAUACUGGCUUUGUCAUGGAAGACUUUACACAGAACGCUUUGGCUUUGUGGAAAAAGAUGAACGAAAGCUACCUCUUGUAGAAUUACAGGUGAUUUUAAUGUCAGAUUGUGCAUCUUCUUUUGGAUGAACCUGGAUGAAGCUUUUUGUCUUAUGGUAUGUAAAGAACUGGUCCAUCAAAAGGAACCGCUUUUACCCUGACAAUCGGGCGAGUCACCACAUGAAAGAAGGCAGCUUUGCAGAGGUCGCCAUAAUUGCAUAUCUAGGAUCAGUUUGCCUUAAAGCUUGCGCAUAAUUCAGACUUAUUUCAGUAUUAAGGUACUAAUCCUAGAUAAUUUUAUGAGAACUCUCCAAUCAGAUCAAUGCAGUUGAUUUCCUCAUUUAUUUCAUUACAUGAUUUGUGUGGGUGGUUUGGUGUGAUCUUGUGGAAUUUUGAGUUUUCUGUAUUUUCCUUUUUUAAACUAACAUAGACUUCAAAUUUAUGACCGUGCAAUCAAUGCCUCAAAGAUAGGGAGCCGCUAGGUACGUAAAAAUAUUUAGAGGCAAACGUCCGGCUCACGGCUAGCUGUGGGUUCACUGUGUUACUUCAGGAAUAGGAGCCGAGUGCCUGAGACCAAGUGUGCUGUCCGAAGAAAUUAGCAUUAGCAUAGCAACUGGGCUUCAGGUAAGUAGAUUGAAAAGUGCUGCAGGCUUCUACAGGACCUGCUGAAUGUACUAUGACUGCGAUGACAAUAACUUUCCUCACUGGUUUUGCACAGUUGUAUUGUAGAUGCAGUCUGAAGUAUUCACACCUACAGAGAUUAUUCAGUUUGUUUGCCUCAUUCUGUGACAUAGCUGUUAUAUACCCCAGAAAAGACGUCUUUUCACUCUCAGUCUAGAGACUGCUGUUCAUUACGCUCCCCCUGUGGUUCUUCCCAUGGCAGGCUUUCCCGUCUCAAAAUGCAGCAAAGCUCAGGGGAGCCCAAACUGGAGCUAUUUUUAAAAAGGUGACUUUGGAGCCGUUCCUCUGCGCACUCCUACCUCAGAUGAGAAGGGUUCUUCUUUUGAACAGUCAGUCCAGUAGUAGUUUUGAUAGCUUGGAUAGAGAAAAAUUAAGAAAACAUUAGAAAGCCCACCAAGAAAUUUAAUGUAUUAUAAGAUUUAUUGACACUCUAUUUUAAUGUAUUUGUAUACUUAUAGGUAUUUUCAGAAAAGGGACUAUGAAGUAAAUUCUGAGGAAAGUUACAUAGAUUAUAAGUUUUAUCAACAGCUAUGUCCAGGUUCGGUACGUAGUUUGUGAAGUUUUUAUUUCAGUAUCACUGUAUUUCGUAGCUAAUUGUAUGUUUAAAUCUGUUUACAUUCAAAGAGUAAUAUAGACAUUUAAUUAAGGGCAUUUGCAAUAUGGCAGGUUGUAAGAACGCUCCCUUCUUAAUACCACUCCAUUCCAGUUUUGUCUGCCUCUGAAUUGUCACUUUUUACCAGUUAGACCAGUAAUAACCUGCAUUAAUAAUUGUUGAAGUUCCUGUUUGUUUUGCGUUGUAGUAAAUAUGUAUAAUAUUUAGAAACAAUGUGAGCAUGAUAGUAUUACUACUGUUGAAUAUUUUAUAAUAUGUGAAAAGAGGACAAUGCACUGCAAGCAGGGAAAAAGAGCCAUUUGUUGAAUUCGUUUUUCAAGUAUUGCACUUGUUCAAGUAAAGAGAAAGGAAAUUGUGAUUAACAAUAACUUUUUGUUAUCGUAGUUCGAUGUUUAUAUGUAAUUGUAAUCAAAUGUUUACAGCGGGAAUAUAACAGGGCAUUUUUGCCACAUAUCACUUUACAUGGUUCGCUCCACUGUAUUUUUGGGGAUGAGCGUAGCUCGCUGAUAGCUUGUGCAUCAGAUUACUAUGACCUAAGGCUCUUUUUUCUGUUAGUCUGAUAAGGAGACGAACUAGCUGCACUAAUGUUGUUAUAUGGGUUUGAACCCAUACUUAGGCUGAAAGUUCAAUCCUGUGCCUCUGAAUCUUAAGCACAUUCUGUUGGAAGUGAUGUGUUCACCGUGCAGGUGGCGUGAGUUCUAAAUCUGAGUUAUACCCAUUUACAGUGAUUUAAUAUGCUGUAGUUGUUGUUUUCCCACCCUCAUUAAUUCCCUGCAGACUUCUCAGCUCUGUAGCAUUGCUCUUAAAGACCCCCAAAACAUGGAUAAGAUUAACUUAAAUUCUCAAAGCAGGCCUGGUUAAGGGAAUACUUCAUUGGUACAUCAUGAUUCAAAAGUUUGGAAUCACUUGUCAUAUCAAUAUUCUAUGUUAUUCUAUCUUGUAAAAACAUAUACAGUGUUGAAAUAUUUUAAACUACACACCAAAAUGUAUUUUAGAUGCAAGUUUUGUGAGACAAAAAGGUUAUGCCCAAAAAAUGCACUGUAAUUAUCUAUUUAUAGUAGGGAUAGGCAAUAUGACAAUAUUCUAUUGUAUUGUGAUAGGUUACAUCAUGAUACACCACAAUAUGCUUUUCUAAGCAUAUCAUGAAUUUUGUCAGAAUACUUACUAAUUGCUAGAAUUAGCUUUAAUAAAAAGGUGUGCAUGAUUAUUCCUGUUUAAUUUGAUUUGGGGCAGCACAUUAAGCUAAAUAAUAAUUAAUUAUAAUAAUUAAUAAAAAAUAAUUGUACUUACUCUGUUUGAUGGUACGUUUUUAAAAAGAGCCCAUAUCCUACAUUAUUCUUGCAUUUUGUUUUAUUUUCCCUGAAGUCCACUUUGACAUUAGUGAGUUAUGCCAAAAAAGAUGUCCUUUUUUUUACAUGACUACUUUCAUUAUUUUUCUCCUUUAGAAUUAAACAGGCUGUUUUUGUUACUGUACAUUUAGGACCAUUAUGUGUGAAUGUGCUCUAUUCUGAUAGAAUGUGCUCUACUGUGCAUCAAGUACCGGUUUUGAAGCACUCUUUAUAACUUCAGCAUGAAUACUGCUGUAGGCUGAUUAGGUGAACACAUGUAAAUGUGAUGGCUUGAGUGACAUGACAAACACAGUGAAUUCAAAAUAAGUUGUUUUUGCAGCUCAGUUUCUAUAUAUUGGCUGGUGAGUAAACCACCAAUUUUGAAACUUUAAUAAUGUUUAUAUACUGCAUCCCACUUUUUUUUAGACUGUAACUUUACAUUUAUUUUAAAUGUAGUGCUGGUCAUGUGUUCUUUCUGUUCCAGCUUAUCAUGAUGCAUAUCAUGAAUUGUGAAUUGUCUUCAAGCAGUUUUUUUUUAUGUAACAUGUAUCAUAUCAUCCACCCCUAAUCUAUAGUAUUAGUACAGGCGCCAGAAUGUAACCGCUGUCCCAUUUAAGGUGGGACGAAAAAGAAGAAAUGCUUGUAGAAAUUCAGAUGUGAAACAACAUUUAUCACUGUUUUGGCAGGCCUAUGGAGCUAGUUUUGGAAAGCAGUAUUGACAGGUUUAUUUUCUUACUGUUCAGUUUUGUUUUCAUGAAAAUGCACAAUAAAAAUAUUUCAGUCUUAGAAAUGGUUCAUAUUUAUAAAAUGCAAUGGACAUUCUAGAAUAAUAACCCAUCCUUAAGCUACAAAAGCAAAAGUAAGUUUACUUAAGUAUUUAAAAUGGUUUUACUUGAAAACAUUUAUAUGGUGUGAAAUAUACCAAAAACAUCAAACAUUUGAAAAAUGAUAUAUAUUUUUGAACAUACCGCCCACUGCUACAGCAUUAUAUUAUAGUGGGAAAGUGGCUUUACAUGAUUGAAACCAGUGAUUCCAAACUUUUGAAUGGUGGUGACGUCCACUGUUUGUUGGUCGCGUUCAUGGUUGUUAAAUGAGGCAGAACAGCUUUCAGAAGUGCAGUACUUCGGCUGUGAGGGCUUCAGAGUGAACAUGUUGUUAGUGGCUGUGUUGGCGUUGCUCAUAGCAAGGCGUUUCCUGUUGUGAGUAGCACAGCAGUGCAUCUGUCCACUGUGUGGGCAGGAAGUGGUGACCCCUGUGUCCAAACUGGCCUUCCCCAAGGAUGGCGAGCCAUCUCCAAAGAGAGCUCACUCUGCAGACAAACCAAUCUAGCUUCUCCCUGCCAAAACAAACAUCCACUUCCACCGAGCCCUUGCGCGCUGUUUACCCCCAAACUGUGCAAUCGAUGGCUUUGCCUCUUCAUUUUGAGAUGUCUUAGCGAAGAAGCUGAGGUUUUCUGAAGGGGUUUCGAGUUUGUUUUAUUUUGAGACCAAUCAAAAUAAGAUCUAACUGUUGUGCCUUCUGAAACCACAUUUUUCAUUUCGUGGAUGCCUUUGGGAACUGUCAAACCGAUGUUGGGGUUGUUGUUCUGCAAAGGCUGAAAUGUUGAUGGUGCAAUAUGUGGCAAUAUAAGACUUGAUUUUUUUUUUCCUUGUAUAAAUAUAAAUGUUACACAAAAUUUGACAAGUACUAUGGUGUAAUGAAUGUACUACAUGUUUGAGAGAUGAAAAAACAACUGGAGAGAUUACUGGGAAAAUUAUUUUGAACAGAUCAUAUGUAUAAACAAAGUUUAAUUAAAAACUAAUUUAACUCUU